AAAAAAAGUUUCUUUAGUCCACAUAGAAAUAAAAACAUUGAAGUUUAUGUCAUUAAUUGUCAAGCACUAGUUUAUCAGUGAAAUUGAUGAUAUUUGAAAUUAUAUCAGAUUAAAGUCCUCUUUGUGUUUAUCAUAAAAUGAACAAUGGAAGUUGAACAAAAUAUCAAGGAUUAUAAUGAAAUCGAAAAUGAUAUGAACAAAACAAAAAGUGAUGAAAUUAAAACAUGUAAUGUUUCAAAUGGAGGCCAAGUGAUUCACUCAACUGACAAGGAAAAUGCUAAUCCAAACAUGGAAAAUGCACGAAACAGCAUAAGGCGUCAUGACGAACCUUCAGAAUUGAGCUUUGAAACUGCGCCAGAAAAUCAGGAAGAAAAAGCAAAAAGAAAACUAAUUGAAAACGCACUUAAAGAUCCCACCACACCCCUUGAAAAAUGGAGGGAAUUCGCUAAAUCAGAAUAUGGACUAAUUAAUGAUGAUUUACGACGCAGUGUGUGGCCUCUUCUUCUUGGUGUUGAUCGUGAACAAUGCGAUCCAGUACCAACAUUGGAGGAAUUAAGUAAUCAUCCCGAGUACAAUCAAGUUGUAUUAGACGUCAACAGAAGCUUGAAAAGAUUUCCACCUGGAAUUCCAAUUCAACAACGUCUUGCCUUGCAAGAUCAGUUGACUGUGAUAAUUCUCCGAGUUAUUACAAAAUAUCCACAUUUAAGCUACUAUCAGGGCUAUCAUGACAUUGCUGUCACAUUUCUUUUGGUUGCUGGCGAGGAGAUCGCAUUUCAUAUUAUGGAGAUAUUGUCAACAGACCAUCUUGUUGAGUGCAUGCAGAAGACAUUUGAAAUUGUCCAAAAAAGAUUACUCAUAAUCUACGCGCUUAUUUGGCGAGAGAAUCAAAAAUUAUUUGAAUAUUUGGAAAGGAGUCAAUGUGGUUUGUUAUUUGCGCUGCCUUGGUAUUUGACAUGGUUUGGUCAUAGUUUGAACCAAUAUCGAUCAGUCGUUAGAUUGUACGAUUAUUUCCUAGCUUCAGAACCACUAAUGCCGCUUUAUGUCACUGCAUCGAUUGUUUUAUAUCGUGAUGAAGAUGUUUUUCGUGAGGAUUGUGAUCGUGCUAAUCUACAUUGUCUGUUAUCGCAACUUCCCGACGAUCUCCCUUUUGAGUAUCUUCUUAUAAAAAGUGAAAAGCUUUAUGAAAAAUAUCCCCCACAUGACUUGCACCGUGAUAUCGAGAAGAUCAUUGAGCGAGAACAAAAAAUACGAGAAGAAGAAGACAAAAUAUUUGAGACGAGACGACAGAUGAUUCAACGAAGAAGAAACCCACAACCACCCGCACCGUCGUUCAUCUAUCGACUCUUCCCUCAAGCUAUUUUAUUCAAUCGCAAAUCAAUUAUUGUGACCACAGCAUUUUCGAUCGUUAUCGGAAUAUUUGCUUAUUAUUAUAAAAAUAAUGGAACGUUUCACGUCGAUGUGAUUAGAUGAGGUUUACUUCACCAGCCGGCACAAUUAUACUAUCGCUUCUUGAUGAAAUAAAACAAGAUAAAAAUGAGUAAACAUUUCCACACUUAUGGUCUUAAAUGUUGCAACUUGCAAAAUGUUAUAUUCAUAAAAAUAAAUUAAAUUCAUCAAAGCUCGAUUGAUUCGGCUGCGUCAAUUCUCUUCUCGUUGUUGAUCUUUUGUAAACAUUAUUUAUUGUUUGUAAUUUUAUUAAAAUUAUAUUUUCUCCUAAUUGUAGUUAAUUAAGCAGGGUUUUGUGAUUUUUUUAAAUAUUUCGCGUUAUAAAAUAUGUUAUUAGCUUUUAAAUUCAAUUGCAUAAUGAAUAAAAUGAAAUAUUCAUGUUAGAUAUUUGGAAAUUAAUGUUUAUGAUCUGUGCAAAAGAUUUAGAACAGAUAAUUAAUGUUUCUCUUCGUUUUAAUGUUAGUAAAAAUUUAAAUUCUGGAAUUUUCAUAACAAUUUUUAGUGCACGCAACUAAAAUUUCAUUCCACCUUUUGAUCGAUUAAUCUUCAAUAAAUUUUUUAAAAACACAUGUAGCAACAUUAAUCUUUCAAGGCAGGAAAGUUUUACUAAUCACGCCAACAUAAAGAAUAAUCAAACAAAAUAUAUGAGCCAAGUGUUACUGUACAUAAAUUAAUAAACAGAUAAAAUUCUAACUGAUAGAAACAAAAAUUUUUCUUUAAUUUUUAAACUUUAAUUUCAUUCAUAAUUUAUUUAUCUUAAUUUUGGUUUUUUCUUUCUCAAAUAAAUGAUGAAAAUAAUUUUCUAUUACUUCCUAGGGAAUUUCUCUUACGACAUAAUUUUUCUUCUUCUUUUUAUAUUAAAUAUUUACAGAUUACUGCAUAGCAAUUUAUUUUACGAUUGAGAAGCGGAAAUGUUUUUUUCGCAGGGAGAAACUGUUUCAAUUAAUUCAAGUACAAAUUUUAUGUUUAAAAUCGAGAACUUCCAGAAUGUUUUAUAAGCUUUGAGCUCAUCAAAACAUAUCACAAAUCCCUUACUGUAAUGCAAGAAUUCUCUGAUUUUAAUUGAAUAAACAUUAAAAAAACACAUGUCCAGAAAUAUGAAGCAAAUGUGUAUGAUGUGUGGUUAAUUUAGGAUGAUUUGAGAAAAUUUAAUAAACAUUGAAAAUAGGCGAUAACAAAAGCAGAAGGAAAAUAAUCUGAACUUGUAAAACAAUUCAACAUAAAAUGUCUUAUGAGCUAUUAAAAGCAUAUGUUCGAUUGAUAACUUUACUUCUUUGCAAGAGCGAAGCCUAAGCCGAGCAAACCACCAAAAACUAGCAAAGCGCCUCCAGCUAUGGCUGCAUCUUUCUUGAAUUCCUUGCUCAUUUCUUUUUCAAUAUAUUCCUCAAGUAAAAGUACUUGCUGAUUAUUUGGUUCGAUUUCGAGGAAGGCUUUGACAUAAUUUUGCGAUGUUGGUAAAUCUUUAAUACGACAGUAAGCAAUAGCCAAAUAGUAAAUAUAAUCGCGUUUAUCAUCAGGAUUGUCCUUGCAAAGUCCCUCAAAAAUUUUAAUUCCAUUAUUUAUAUCAGCGCCGUAUUUACUUCUAAUCAAGCACCAGGCAUAUUCAAAUUGGGUUUUUGCUGUCACACAUUUCUUUUCAUGGAGUUCUUUCAUAUAAACUUUCUCAAAUUUCUGAUCCAGCUCUUGUGGUGUUAUCGUGUCGCUGAGGAUUUCCUCCAUAUUUGUUGGUGUGUCUUUUGAGCUCCACAUGCAGCAAUUACUUAAAUUUAUAUCAGGAAAGGGAUUUUUGCAGUUUUUUCUAUCUUUUUU